UGAAAACCUUAAAAUGCAUAUUUUUUACAUGUUUUUUUUAUCAAAUAAAAAAGGAUAAACAAUUUUGCCUGUCAAUGACUAAGAGAUUCGUGAAACGAAUGAAAUUGAUAAUUGUACCGAUCACUACAUAGAGUGGGAAGGAUGCGGCUCACGCCAGUCCGCCUCUCUCGCGGCUCAACCGCCGCCAUCGUUGCAGCUAACUCCCGCAUCACUUGCCAUGGCCGCCUAGGCAAGAUUGAUGCAGCACGAAAAGUGUUCGAUGAAAUGCACGAGCACACUGUUGUCUCCUGGAACUCCCUCAUCUCCGCGUACUUCAUAAAGCAGCAACCUCAAUAUGCUCGCAACCUUUUCGAGCGGAUGCCUAAGAGAAAUACCACAUCCUACAAUGCUAUGAUCUCAGGCUACAUCAAGUUAGGUCACCUGGACGAGGCCUGCGCCGUCUUCAAUUCCAUGCCUGAACGCAACGUCGUCUCCUGGACUUCCAUGCUCCGCGGUUACAUCCAGGCCGGCGCUAUUAAAGAAGCCGAACUCCUAUACUGUCGCAUGCCAGAGAAGAACGUUAUCUCAUGGACGGUCAUGCUUUGCGGGCUCAUACAAGAUGCCCGCAUUAAUGAUGCACGUAAACUGUUCGACAAAAUGCCCGCCAAGGAUGUUGUUGCUAGAACCAGCAUGGUUUCAGGGUAUUGUCGGGUAGGCAGAACUGCUGAGGCUCGGGAGAUAUUUGAUGAUAUGCCCCGUCGGAAUGUGGUAGCCUGGACUGCAAUGAUCUCUGGGUACACCCAUAAUCUGCAACUUGAUCUCGCAAGGAAGCUUUUUGAAGUGAUGCCAUCGAAGAAUGAGGUGACGUGGACCGCCAUGCUGACUGGGUACACCCGAGCUGGGUGUAUUUUGGAGGCCAUUGAUUUAUUCAAUAGGAUGGAAGAAAAGUCUGUGAUUGCUUGCAAUGCGAUGAUUAUUGGAUUUGGGCAGUGUGGAAUGGUAACUGAAGCAAGGAAUGUUUUUGAUCAGAUUUUAGAAAAAGAUGAUGGGACGUGGAGUUCAAUGGUGAAAGUAUAUGAGCAAAAUGCUUUCCAAUUGGAGGCUUUAGAUAUGUUUCGCUCCAUGCAGUUGGCUAAUGUGCGGCCAAAUUUUUCUUCAAUCAUCAGUGUUCUUGCUGUUUGUGCUGGCCUUGCAAUUAUUGCCCAUGGAAAGCAGGUUCAUGCCAAAAUGAUUAGAACACAUUUUGAAACUGAUGUAUUUACUGUUUCAGCCCUAAUCACAGUUUAUGUCAAAUGUGGUGAUCUUGCUAAGGCUAAGAUGAUUUUUGAUAGUUUUGAAGGAAAGGACAUUGGUCUGUGGAAUUCCAUGAUAACAGGCUAUGCACAGCAUGGAUUGGGGGAGGAAGCUCUGCAAAUAUUCCAUGAUAUGCGCAUGACGGGCAUGCUACCUGAUGAGAUUACUUACAUAGGGGUCCUUUCAGCGUGUGGUUAUUCAGGGAUGGUCAAAGAAGGCAGAGAGAUUUUCAGGACGAUGAGUAUGAAUGCCAUGAUUAACCCUACUGCUGAGCAUUAUUCCUGUAUGGUUGACAUGCUUGGCCGAGCUGGACAGGUUGUUGAGGCAUUUGAAUUGAUCAGCAAUAUGCCUGUUGAAGCUGAUGCUGUGGUAUGGGGAGCUCUACUCGGAGCUUGUAGGAUUCAUAAAAAUCUUGAAAUUGCUGAAAUUGCUGCCAAAAAGCUUUUGCAGCUUGAGGCUUGGAAUUCAGGGCCUUACAUCUUGUUAUCAAAUAUUUAUGCUUCUACCAGGAGGUGGGAGGAGGUUGCUAAAUUAAGGAAGGCUAUGAGCUUAAGAAGUGUCAGCAAGUCUCCUGGUUGUAGCUGGAUUGAAGUUGACAGGAUAGUGCAUAUAUUCACUGGUGGAUAUAUAAUAGCUCAUCCUGAGCAGCAGAUUAUUAUUUUCUUACUGGAGAGAUUGGAUUGUUUAUUGAAGGAGUCAGGUUACUGCCCUGAUUUUAGCUUUGUUCUUAACGAUGUUGAUGAGUGAGGAGCAGAAGGUGCAUAAUUUACGUUAUCAUAGUGAAAGGCAAGAAGUGGCGUUUGGAAUUUUGAAGAUUCCCGAGGGAAUGCCAAUUCGUAUCAUGAAGAACUUGCACGUAUGUGGUGAUUGUCACGUUGCAAUCAAAUUGAUAUAAAAAAUCAUGGAGCGGGAGAUCGCCCUAAGAGAUUCUUACAGAUAUCAUCGUUUCAAGGAUGGUUCUUGUUCUUGUAAAGAUAAUUGGUGAAUAUCUCUGGUUUAAAUUUUCAGCUAAAGUGAAUGCAAUAAUGGCUACAUUAGGUUGGUAUUAUAUGUCAAUUUCUAAAAUUUGCGAUUAAAGAUUAAUGGCAUUGAUUUUUCAGCUUGUUCUCUAAUCAUUAACAUUCAUGUAUUGCAGCACAUAUGAAGUCCGUAAUUAUUGCACAUUAGAGUUAUAUUUUCUCUACCCCUUAUUCCGUCUGUAGAUGCUUUAUCCUUCUUGUGCAGUUACAGAUUGCUUUAGAUGGUAACAAAGCACAUUGUGAUUAUAGUAAUGCUUAGACCUUGGUCAAACUUAUAAUUUAAUGAAUUCAUUUUGAAUUAAUUCAUUGUUUUUUGAA